GAGGGGGGAAGCUACUGGGACCGUCGAAUAGAUCUGAUAAGCAGUAUUGCCAACAAGUAGAAAGAAAUUUCCCAAUUGGUACCUGAGACCGGUGUUUCGGUUAAGGUGUUAAUAUACUAAAAUUCGAAAAUGAAAACAUAUUCAUCCAUUACCAUAUGUUUCAAUUUUCACAUGUUGAUUCAGUACACUAAUAACUGAAGUUGUGAUUUACAAACUAAUUGAGAAAUAUAAACAAAUACAUUUAAUAUCAAGCUUAAAGCUAUAUUUUCCAUUCUUUAGUAUGUCUUCAACAUGGGAUGAUGGUGGUUUUUUGGAUUUCAAAGAGUUGGAAGAUCAAAUAGCACAAUUUGUCGAUAAAAGUGAAUUAGAAGAAAUGCUACGUAUACAGUUGGAAGAAGUAGAAAUGUUACAGUCAAUGUUUUCUAAUCCAGGAGAAUUUGAAAUAUACGAUCGCAGUGUCAUUAUUGAUAUAAAUGAUUUUGUUAAAGGAAAGUGCAAUGUAUUGCCUCCACGAUUUGACUUCACAAUAAAUUUAGUCCUUGAUGAGAAGAAACUUGAAGUCUGUGUCAAUUUGCCUCUUGACUAUCCUGCUGAUGAACCAGAUAUAUUUGUUCGAAACGAUUCUUUAACAAGAACUCAACAACAUGCUUUAAAUAGUGAUCUCGCAAAAUAUAUUAGUUCACUAAACAAAGGAGAGAUCUGUAUAUAUCCAGCAAUCGCGUGGCUUCAAGAAAAUGCUAUGUCAUAUUUUAUAUCUCCAGGUAAAAGUUCAAAAUUAAACACUACCUCGAGAAUUACAGAUGUAAAUAAACAGUUUUCGAGGUAUUGGAUUUAUUCUCAUCAUAUUUAUAGUAAAAUCAAAAGACGAUGCAUUAUGGAUUUAUCUCAAGAGUAUAAUGUGACAGGAUUCUGUUUACCCGGAAAACCAGGGAUCAUUUGUGUCGAAGGCUGGGAGUCCGACUGCAGUGACUGGUGGCAAAGAGUAAGUAACCUAACAUAACCUCAAUUCUGUAAC